AUGGCACACUCGAAACGCAACACCUCACUGCCGCACUUCACGGCGUACGAGCGCGGACUGCUCCGAAACGCCUGGGGCACGCAACGCACACGGAUCGGCCGCGACUCCUUCCUCCCCUUCGCGUCAUGCCGGUUGUGUCUGCAGCCGGCGAAGACGCCCGUGGUCGCCUGUGCGACGAGCGGGGACAUCUUCUGCCGCGAGUGUGCGAUUGCGGAUCUUCUCGCGCAGAGACAGGAGAUCAAACGGUUGGAGACGCAGAGGGAGAAUGCGCGGAAACAGAUCGAGGAGGAAGACGCGCGCGCCCUGGAGGAGAAGAAACAGAAGGAACUGCACCACUUUGAGAUGACGAGUAUGGGGCUUGAAGGGAAUAAAUAUGGGAAUAAUGGCUCGAAACGCAAAGCCGAGCCGGAAGAGGAGACGGUCAACGCUGACGAAGAUGGCAAGAGGAGGAGGGUUUCAGAAAAGUCCCUUCCUUCCUUCUGGGUCCCCUCGUUAACGCCAGGAACGGAUCCCAACGAAGUCACGGCCCAGAAAACAAUCAAGCUGGCUCCCGUGUGUCCUGGCUCGACCGAGGCGAAUGCACACACAUACUCGCUUAAGAGUCUAGUGGAAGUUCAUUUCACAGAGGAAAAGGGCGAGGCUGGGUCGACGGCGAGAGUCUGUCCGAGCUGCAAGAAGACGCUGAGCAAUGCGUUACGAGCGAUGCUAACCAAACCCUGCGGUCAUGUCAUUUGCUCUCCCUGCGUCACCAAGUUCAUGACACCACAUGAGACCCCCGAUCCGCAUGCCUCGAAGGAAGAACAGGAGCGCACGGCAGCCCUGCAUGGCCGGAUGCUCUGCUACGUGUGUGAGACGGACGUCACGGAGAGCGAGAAGAUGAUGAAAAAGAAGAAGAAGAAAGAAGGCGUGAUGCCUGGGUUGGUCGAGAUCAGUUCCGAGGGGACAGGGUUUGCGGGGAGGGGAGGGAACGUAGCCAGCAAGGCGGGCGUGGCUUUUCAGUGCUAG